UAAUAUAUUUGAUUUCUUUUGUAUACUAUUGAAAAAUAUAACAAAAAAAAAAUUAAAUUUUAUGCAAUUAAAAAUUUUAAAUAACAUUUUAUAUUCAAGUCUAAAAUUUAUUCUUAAUUAUUUUAAUCUAAAUUAUUAUUUCUUAUUUUUCUGGAAAAUAUAUUAUUUGUUUAUAAUAUAUAUAUAACAAUCUGAUUACUAUUUUUAAUAGACAUAUGUGUUUAAAAGACAUGUUUAUGAGAAAAUUAUAAUUAAAGUAAUUUUAAAUAUAUAAAAUAGAAUUGUGUAUAUAUAAUCAUUGUAUAUUUAAUUAUAAAAAAGAAACAAGGAAAAAAAUACAAAAUGAAAUACGAAUGAAAAAAAAAAUAUAUAUUAAGAAUGUUAUUUUAUAUAAAAUUCUCCUAUGUAUAUUAAAAAAUUUGCAAUUAUAUUAUUAAAAUGUUACAAAAUAUAAAUAUAAAUUAUAAUAUAUUAAUUAAAAAAAUUUAAAUUAUAAAAAAUAAUUUAGUACAUAAACAUAUGAAACAUGUAAAAUAAUAAUAUGUACAAAAAAUAUAUAAAACAAUUUAUGUAAUUUGUAUAUCUAUGUUAUUGAAAAAGAUAAUAUAAUAUUUGAAUCAGAUCUUUUUUGCAGUAAAAUAUUAAUAAUAAACAAUUAAAAUUUAAUAAAUUAUUAAUUUAUUUUAUUAAUUUUAAUUAUUAAUUAAUAAAAAAAAGUUAAAUAAUUAAAAUUGUUUGAAAAAAUAUGAAAUAAAUCAACAAGUGAUAAUCUGCAAUAUAUAAAUAAAUAUAAAUAGGUUAUAAUUUUAAAUGUCAAAAUCAGCUGAUCAUAUUUUUAAAAUUACAAUAUUUAUUAAUUUUAAUUUUUUUUUAAAUAACUUAUUACUUAAAUAUAGAAUACAUAUACAAAUAUGUUGUUAUUUAAAUAUAAAAUACAUAUAUAUAUAUUUAAUAUUGAUUGUUAAUUUAAUAAUCAAAUGUUUAAAUUUUAAAAAUAGUUUUAUAAAAUGCAAAAAAUUUUUUUUAAAUCAUAACAUUUUAUUGUUACUAUUAUAAUUUUAUAUUUAAUAAUAUAAUAAAUAAUAAACAUAAAUAAUAUUUAUAAAAGAAUAUGUGCGUGUGUGUGUGCGCGCGCGCGUGUGUAUUAUUAUUAUUAUUAUUAUUUAUAUUUAUAUCAUUUAAUUAUAGAUAGUAUUUUUUUUAGAGUAUAUUAAUCAUAUUUCGAAAAAUCACGCAGUUUUUUUUUAUUAAUUAUUAAAAAUGAAAAAUUGUUUUGUGUUUAAGAUUUCUUUGAGAAAAAAUUUUUUCAUCUUGAAUGUUUGAAUUGCAAAAAUCAAAAUUUAUUUUAAAUCAAUUUGUAAAAUUUUUUUUUUAUAUCACUACAAAUAUUAAUUGCAAUCUUAUAUAAUUUAAAAUACUUUUGUAAAAUAAUAUAAAAUAAUAUUUCAUAUAUAGAACAAUUUAUUGAAAUAUCAAUAAAAAACCACACAUUUAUAUAUUGAAUAUUAUUUUAAAUAUAAUAAAACAUUAAAGAAAUUAAACAAAAAAUGCAUAACUCAAAAAAUAAAAUAUUAUCAUAUAAAUUUUUUCGUUUCUAUUAUUUUAAAAAAAAUUUUCUAAAAAAAGAAAUAAAUUAAAUACUUAUAUAUAUAAAGUUAAAAGGUUAUGUAAAAAUGAAUAACGAAAAAUAAUCUAAACAUUUCUAAUAGAAAUAAUCAAAAUUUUGUAAAAAUAUAUUUUUGUAAAUUAUCAUAUAAAAUUAGUUAACACUUAAAAUGGGCGCAAAAUGUUUGUAUACCAAAUUCAUAAUGAUAAUACAGUGAAUUCAAAGAUUUUUCGCAUCAGAAACUGUUCGUGUGUGCAGUGUCCGCCAUUUUGCUUUCUUUACAUCUGACAUGUCUUUCUAAUGUUAUUAUCGAUGAAUGCUGGAAUUUGUGCGUGAAUCUUCAAUCUCGUUGAAGUGUAUUUUGCAUGAAAAAGGUCGAAUUGCUUCUGAUUGGGCAAUAAUCUCUCUUAUUGUUGGGAAUAAUUUUCAUUGUUCCAACCUCGGUUAAACUAAACGAAACGAGUCCAUAAAGGAAACUUCGUGAUAGUAUUUGUGAAUAGUUUACCCUUGUUAUAGGAUAUAAAUAUGCUGCAAGAUUCAUUUUAUGAAUCUUUCUAACUGUAUUAUUGAAAUUCGAUUACAGUAUUUUGCAUAGUGUCAUAUUACCUAAAUAAAGUGAACAUAACCAAACAGUGUUGAUAUCCAACAUAGUGCACUCAUGUCAACACCAGAGAUAAAAUGUUUAUUAAUAUGGCUUUGUCUUAUCAGAAAUUAUCAGAACUUUUAGAAUCCACAUUUAAUGUUUUGAUGUUUCAUGUAAUGCAAUUAUUAAAAAAUGUAUAGAGUAUAUUUAAUUUGAAUUGCUAUGCGAGGCAAGGAUUAUUUUUAUCCUGAUCUAGCCAUGGACUAAGUUCACGCUUAUUGCUUGAACCAAGAGAGAUUUUGAUAUCCAUCUGACAUAUUAUGUACAGAAUUAUGCAAAUUUAAACUUAGUGAUACAUAGCUUUAACUAUCUAAACAAUUGACUGCUAAAGUAUUAUUUGCACUUUUGAAAUACAGAAAUUUUAUUGUCAUUUAAAUAUAUAAGAUUUUUUGUAAGAUUCCACUACAUAAUUUGAUACUGAAUAUAGGUAUAUAAUAGGUAAUCAAUUUUAAUGUUUCUAUUAAAGUAUGAUCCAUGACAAAACUAAGUUUUGUACAUAUGCAGAUACAUGUAAAUAACACAGCCAAAUGCACAUUAAUAUUAUUAGCAUAAGUAGUACAUAUAACUAUUUUAUAAUUUAUUAUAUUUUGUACAAAAAUUCAUUUUAUUAGUUGUAUCAUCUUGAUGCAUAUAUAAACAUUAAUGUGUCUAAAACAAAUGUAAGAAAUACCAAUCUGUGAUAUAAUACAAUAAAAAUAAUUUUUUAUUUUUUUAUUCUCAGUAUUAUGAAUUCAGAAAUAUUUAUGUAUGGAUUUGGAUUUAAGCAUAUGGCGUGAACUAAGUUUUAUCUAGAUAAGAGGAAAGAUUUGGAGGGUUUGAGAAUGCAGGUAGAACAGGAUACAAGGAAAACGGUAAUCAAUGAAGGUCCCUAUAUCCGAAAAUUCAAACAUGGACAAUAAAUUAAAGUUUUCGGAUCGCUUAAAGGCUUUGCUGAAAACUGAGGUUCGUCAAGAUGUCGAUCCCUACAUUUUCAGUGAACCAGAACCAUUUAGUACACAUACAACAGGAAGAAAUGUUACAGUAGUGUCAUCUAAAAAUUCUAAAGUAAUGCAAAAUUGUAAAAAUAAUAAAACUAAAGGAAAAUGUAUGAAACAAAGAAUAAGGAUAACGUCCGUAUCAGAUGCGGAAUUCAAAGCUGUACAAGAUCGUGCUGUAGAAUUAGAUGCUGAUUGUAAUGUUGGUGGUGGUGGCAAUGGUAAUGGUGAUGGUGAACAUAUAGAUUAUAAAUUUGCAAAAGCAAUUCAACAAAAACAACAUCAUAUUGAAAAUUUACAAAGACUAAAGAAUAGAAGGCAAAGUCGGGACCAUAUGUUAUUGUAUUAUCCUAGAGCUGGAGAUGAAAUAUCAGAUAGUGAUUCUAGUGGAGAUGAAAUGACAAUUUAUCAGCAUUAUUGGUUUUCUGGAGAUAAUACUUCAACAUUGAAUCGUUCAGCUCGUCUCUCUCAAUUGCGCUCUCAAUUAAGACGAAGAUUACUUCAAUUACAUAAAAGUGGAACAGACUCAGAAAUUUUGUUACGUGAUAGAGCUAAAUGUUUAUUGGAAGCUGCUUAUAAGGAUCCUGCAUCUACAGCAAGAGCUUUAAGUGGUUCUCCAAGUACGAGCAAAGUAAUAGAUGGACCACUUUUAGUUGGUGGACUCUGUGGAGCUGAAGGAUGUCAACAGACAUCUUUGCCCUGUACACGUCAUUGUUCUCGUCAUAUUAUGUUGAAUGGAGAUCAACUUUUAUUUGAACAUUGCACUGCCAAAUUUAGUGAUAAUACACAAUGUUGUAUUCCUGUGUUUGAUGUUGCACAUGAAUUACCUCUUUGUCCAGAACAUGCAAGGAAGAGAGAUAAUUACCAUCGUAAAGCACAAGAGUCUAAACCAAAGAAAACUCGUAAAAAACCAACAUCUCCCACAAUUCCCAGGCCUAAACCAAAAUCUAGGCCAAAGAAACGAAAACGGCCUCCUGUGAAUAAACUUGAAACUAAUAAAGAUCCUACAGUUAUACAUGAAGAAAAUCAAUAUUUGAAUCAAAUAAACUCUAGUGAAAAUCAGACAAAAGCUUUGAAUAAUUUGAAUACUGUAGUGCAAGGAAGUUCAAAUUCCGCUAACUUAAAUCUAGGAUUAGGAUUAGGUCUUGGAGGAGGACUUAAAGUAGAUUUAGGAGAUCAUGAAGUGUUUCCUUCUCUGGAUCCUGCAGAGCAUGAUUUUGGCAAUGUGCUCAAUAAUUUACCUGCUGAUGCUUUUAAUGACUUAUUCAUUGAGGGUAGAAAUGGAGAAUAUGAACCAUCAAGAGAAGAGGAAGAAGAAUUAGAACGAGCAUUAGAGGCAGUAGAUAAAGAUGUACGAAAUUUGGAAAGAAUGGGACAAACACAUGGACUUUUAGAGCCAGCCUUACUGGCUCAACUCAUGUCAGACAUUGCUUCGUAGCCCCGUCUAUUUUAUUAAGAUAAUGAUUUAAAAAUGAGUUCAUGUGUGUUCCUUACAUAUAUAAAAAAAAUACUGUUUGUGUCUGUGCUGCUAAACGUAAGAUUGUGUUAUUAACUUCUGUUGUAUAGUUAUAAAAAUUCAAGAAAGGCAGGGAUUGAUAUACAGAAAGUAAAAAGAAAUAAAAAUUAUCAGUUGUUUAAUAUAAAUUUCGUUGAGUAAAACUACAUCAUAUAGGUAUAGAUUCAUGAAAAAAAAAGAGAUAAUAUUCUAAAAAUUUCAUUUUUACUGAAAAGUAAUCAUGAAAAAUUACAAUUAAAUAUUGUUCUUUUAUACAUUUUCAAAUUAUUUUGAAUAUCGUUUAAAAGUUCAGUUAGAGUGUUUUAGUUAUAACAAAAUAGAUCAUUAAAUAUUUUUCAAAAUAUUUAUAAAAGAUAUAAAAGCUAAAGGACAAAAACAUUCUAUAAAAUAAUUCUAUUAUAUUUGAAUCUUUCAGGGUAUAUCAAUUUAUUUUUAUUUUAUUACUUUAGUUAUAAUACAAAUUGAAAACUCAAUUUAUUUAAAUACAUUUAUUAAUAUUCAUUUUCGCUAAUGACUUUUAUUUUGUUUUUAAAAUAAAAUAUAACUCGAAAAAUAUAACCCUGAUCUAAUCUGCAAGUAAUAUUCAUAAAUAUUUUGUAAAAAUAUGAUCAAAUGAUUUUAUGUAACUUCUCUAGUUGUAUAAAUUUUCUAAAAUGUUUUAAGUAGAAUUAAAAUCUUUUAUUGAAAAUCAGUACACUAUUAUUUUCACUGUAUAUUUUGAUAAAAAUGUAAUUUAAUUUUUGUUUAAAUAGAAAUUAGAAAUAUUUUAUCAAAUUAUUUUCUACCAAGAAAUUUUGUUUAUAAAAAAAUAAAUAAAAUUGCAUGAACACAUGACUGAACUUAAAAAAAAAACUACAUAUAUAUAUAAAUAAUCAUUCAUUUUUAUCACCUACCUGCUGUAAUAAUAUAAGCAAAUAAUUGCAAAUAAUCUUAUUAAUAUGCAUAAUGAUCACUAUCAUCAUUUUCUUCAUUUUGUAUUAUAAUCAUGUAGACAAAUGUUCAAUAAUAGAUAGCUGUAACAUAUGAUUAAAGAUUGAACUUAAUAAGAAGUGCCGAAAUAGUUUCAUUUUUGAUAUUUUUAGUAAUUGUAAUAUGUUUAAAUUUCUUUUGCAACCUAUGAAAGAAAAAAUGACAUGCAAUAUAUUAUUUUAUUAUUCAAAAUAAUAAUAUAAAAAAAUUUAAAUAAUUUUAGUAAAGCAUAGAUUUUGAGAAUAAAGCUAGAUUAGUAAUUAUAAAGAUGUUAAUAAUUAUAAAGAAAACUAAAUCAUUUACUGCCAUUUAACAUUUAAAUGAUUAAAAUUCAGCAUUAUAUUAUAUGUAACAUUUUCAAGUGUAUAUAAUAUACUUCAGAUCAUAUUAUAUAAUUUUAAUACAUAUCGUAUUUAAAAUUAAGUAAAAAUACUUUGUUGAAUUUGUAAAUUAUAAAUAAUUAAUUAGAUACAUUCACAAGUAUCGCAAUACCUCCAUGCAUAAUUUAUAAUACCAGGAUUUUAAAAAUUUUUGUGAGAUCUAGCUUUUAUUAUCAAAGUUUCUGUGCUAAAUAUAUUCAUUUUUGUAUCUUAUAUGUGCAUGUCAUUAUUUAUACAUAAUAGGUUGCAAGGAAGUGUAUCUUGAAUAAUAAAUGUUUUAGCUAAAUGUAAAUCAUCACAAAUGGACAAUGAACUUGCCACUUGUAAAUGGAAAAUAAUACAAUAUAAUUUACAAUUUAACCCAUAUUGGGAUUAAAUUAAUGUCAUAUAUAUAUAUUUAUAUAUAUAUAUAUAUAUAUAUAUAUAUAUAUAUUAUUAUUAUUAUAUAUAAUAGUAGUAAGUAGGUACAGUAAUUAUUUAUAUAAGAACAAUGCAAAAUUUAAUCAGAAAACAAAUGCAUUGCUUCAUAUGUACCUAUAUAUGUAUCUCCUUGUAAAAUAUCAACAUUAGUGCGCAUUAUUAAGCAUUAUUAAUUAUAAUAAGCAUAUUUUUUA